UCGACUGAAUCAGGAUUCGAUCGAUCGAAGCUAGAAAGAUUACGAUAAUAUCAGUAAAUUAAAAGACUAAAAUUUGAAGAAAAUAGAAACGAAGAUUGUAACAAAUGGAUAAUGAGUUACAAGAUGAAUAUGAGGAUAUCACGUUUUGUCAUCGAAUAACCAUAUUUCCUCCUCUGAUACGCAACGCAAUCGUAAUGAAGCCUAUUUCACAGUGUUUCGGAUGCAAAUUUAUCACCUGGGCAAAAUUAUUCCAUUUAAUGACUGUCGUGUUUAUAGUGUGGAUGGGUUGGGCGGUUUUAUAUUUUAUAUUGGGCGACACGAUGUUACCGACAAACGACGGUUUUGGUUUAUACUUCCUCGCGUUAUUCUCAGCCUGGCUCGGCUGGUGCUUGUCAUCAAUUCCUUACUUAAGGAUUCCACCGGUGUUCGGCAUGCUAGUCGCUGGUAUAAUAGUUCGCAAUUCUGGACUUUACAAUAUUCACGAGGAACUCGGUGCAGUGACAACCUCUAAGAUCAGAACAUUUUGCCUAACCUUUAUCAUGAUACGCGCUGGACUUCAGCUGUCAACUACCAGUCUGGGAAAACAUACUAUUUUCAUAAUGAUGCUGGCCAUCGUUCCUUCCUCGAUCGAAGUGCUCGUUCUCUCGAUAUGCUGCAGAUACAUUCUGUCGUAUCACUGGGACUGGUCCUUUAUGGCUGGAACAAUACUCGGCUGUAUGUCGCCAGUGUUAAUCAUGAACUCUAUCCUGGCUUUGGCUGAACAUGGUUAUGGCGAAGACCAUGGGCUCGCUACGAUUCUUUCCACUGCUGCCUGUAUCGACGUUGUGCAUAUUAUCUCCCUGUUCACGAUUUGCUACUCAUUCGUCUUCGCCAACGACGAGGAUAGAAGCAAAUGGUGGUAUUACAUAUUAUCCAUCGGCAUUCGCGAUUCGAUACUGGGCAUUAUGGCAGGAACUUUUCUAGGUAUCUGCUUCGUAUUUAUCCCUCAUCGUAGCCACAAAAACGCCAACUGGUAUCGAAUAAUCUGUUUGGUGCUUGGCUCUUUGAUGUGCACAGCAGCAACUGCUAAAAUGACCAUCUCUGGUGGAGGAUACCUCGCCAGUUUAGUCAUGUCGUUCGUCAGCAUGGUUGGUUGGAGAAUUUUGUCCGUUUCUUUCGACACGACGUCCUUUCGACGAGUGACGCAUACACUUUGGCAGCUAGUUCAACCGAUUUUGGUCGGAGUCAUUGGUGCUGACAUUGAAUUCGUGAAUUGGUCUGUAUCCAGAUUCGGACUCUAUAUAUCAUGUAUUCUAAUCGGAUUGAUGGGAAGAAGUGCUGCCACUUAUUUGGCGACCUGGCGUACUCCAUUGACGUGGAAAGAACGAUUGUUCGUAGUAGUUUGUUGGCUACCGAAGGGUACCAUACAGGCAGCUUUGGGACCGAUGGCGUACGAACACUUGCGGAACGGAGAGGAAUCUGAGGAACUCCAAAUGGCUAUGGACAUCGUGAAAGUAUCCGUGGUUACCAUUUUAUUUCUAUCGCCGAUCGGAGCCAGUUUGAUUAGCUAUACGGGGCCAAUUCUCCUUGUUCAAACUACCGCCGAGCAACGUCAAAGAGAUCGCGAGUUGAGCUAUUUGCGAAUCCUCUCCUUUCUACCCAUGUCAGAACAGAUCCAUCAACAGAACCCUUGAUGCUCUGAAGUCCUCAUCUUCUGCAUACUAGAACCGAUCGAUCGCUCUCGCUUAGACGUUCUCAAGCUCGACGACUAACCGAUCGACUAACCGAGUGCUCUUGAUAUCAUCUUCGUGGGAAAUCAUCAGCGCUUACCGCAGACAACGAGUUUACCCAGUUUAAAGAGUUUACCACGCGCUACAAUUUUCACAGGCAAACGCAUCACCUCCAUUUGAUGUUAUCCUUUUUAAUUUACCAUCUUCUGCCUUAUACUUGUAUAGGAGGAUGGUCUGCUGUAAAUUUGUUAUUCUUUUCAUUAUUAUUCAAUCGAUUUUAGUAAAAUAAAUAUUUUACUUUAUCAAAUUUUAUAGUUGUAUCGUUAUAAAUUGGAGGUUAUAAAUUCUUAAUAAUUAUAGAUUCUUUCAUUAAGGAAAUUAAAGAGUAGAAAGACGCUGAGGAAUUGAAGUUUACUUUUUUUCGAAAUUUUUCUACUCGAUUUUUCUAUCACUCGAACUUGUGUUCUUAAUUAUUUCUGCUAUGUUGGUUUGAUUUAUUUAAGCUUUUUCCGAGUAUAUUUUAUGGAACAAUUUACAAUAAAUAAUUCCAUUAUAUAAUAUACAAUCGUUUGUCAGAAGAUUGUUGUUACAUUUGCAACGGUAUUCUGCUGAUUUUUCUGUAAUCAAUACAAAGAUAUCAAUUUAUUUCUAGUAUUUAAUUAAACUUUCAAAUAAUUUCUGAUUUAAAAAAGUAAAAUAUCGCAGAUAAUUAUAUUUAAUUGAAUGCAAAUCAUUAAAUAACAAUGAUGGAACAGCUACUCAAUAAUCAAUUAAAAUAAAUUGUUAGUAUUUAGAAUUAAAUCAAAAUUACCUUCAAACACUAUAGAAAUACAUAAUAAUGAUAUUCAACACUUCAA